GUGUCUCGUUUCAUGCCUUAUCAGCGUUAUCGAGGGGUGAUACGUAAACGAAACAACAACGAUAAGCGAAUGUUUAAUUUUCGUUUAGUACACUCAUGAAAAUUAAUGUCUGCGAUUGCAUUUUAGUUGCAUUUUUUACCUAGUUAAAGUCAGCCGACUAAUAGAAACAUUGUGUCUUGAAUGGUGUUAAUAAAUUGUAGUUUAAAUUAAGGAAAAUAAUAUCAGUGACGAAUUGCAAGCAAAAUGACAAUUAGACCGCUAUCUGCAAGUCUCCAAAAGAAGGCCAAUGAAGAACUCAAUGAAAACUCUAAAAGGGUAGAAUCCGACAUAACAGCACUUAGAAGUUGGUUGACGAAACAACCGCAUUUGCACUUGGUGCAGCCCUCGGAUCAAUGGCUUAUCGCAUUUCUUCGUGGAAGCAAAUUCAGCAUUGAAAGGAGUAAAGAAAAAUUAGAUAUGUUUUAUACGUUGAAGACACUUGUUCCUGAAUUUUUCUCAAACAGAGACCCACUUGAUACUAGAAUCCAAGAAAUACUUAAGCUGGGUGUUUUCUUGCCACUAAGAAAUUGUGAAGCCGAAGAUUCGUUUCGUACCAGUAUAAUUAGGAUCGGUGUGUUCAACCCGUCCCAAUAUCACCUUACGGACUUGAUAAAAGUUUCAUUUAUGGUCACUGAGAUUUUAAUGCUAGAAGAUGACAACUUCACUGUAGCUGGUGAGCAAGUCAUUAUUGAUAUGAAGGAUGUAGGCGUAGGUAUUUUGAGUCAAUGGACACCAGCGCUGGCUAAAAAAGCAAUAGCCUGCUUUGAAAAGGCGCUUCCAGUGCGUGUAAGGGGUAAUCAUAUUUUAAAUACGCCGUCAGGAUUUGAGACGGCUUUUACUAUCUUGAAAGCAUUCUUAGGAGAAAAACUUAAGAAAAGGAUUCAAGUUCACAAUCAAAAUUAUGAAGCUAUGUACAAAUCUAUAUCCCAAACAGUGCUUCCGAAAGAAUAUGGCGGUGAUGACGGCUCCGUGCAAGAACUCACAGAUCACUGGAAAGCUAAAGUAGAAAGUUACCGUGAUUGGUUUUUAAGAGAAGAAAAGGUGGUCUCAGAUGAAUCUAAGAGGCCAGGCAAACCAAAAACAUCCUCAGAACUGUUCGGCGUUGAGGGCUCGUUUCGAAAAUUGGAAGUUGAUUAAUAAUUUCGUUUUUUUUUUAGUAAAUUUUUUAUGUUUGUGGUGUCCUAUAAAUACAAUCAUCAAAAUACAUUAAUACAGGAACAAGUAUCAAAUAUAUUUACAAAUAAAGAACCAUUAAUUUUUUUUAAAUUUGUUAACUAACUCUUCAAAAUUGUAUGGAAACUAGUUGAUUACCUGUUUAAGUUCAUAAAUAAAUUCACAAUACAUGUGUAAUAAAGAUAGGGAGCGGGGUUAUGUGUACCUACAACAUAUAGAGAGAUGAAGAGAGUUGAAAAGUUCCAUGUAAAAAAAAACUGUUCAAAUUCUAUUAUCACUACAUCGACAAUGCACUUUACGAAACAUAUAUUAUAGUUAGUUAUAUAUAUUACGAUAAGUUAUAUAAGUUAUAUAUAUUAUUAACAUAUAUUAUUAUUAGUUUUAGUACAGUAAAGGUAAAACUGUAAAUAGUGUUGUUUGAUCAUUAAUCGAACAGUUAAUAGUGCCAGAAACAAAAUUUUGUUUAAAAUUUUUAUAUAACUUUAAAAACCAAAUUGUUUAAUAAAUCAUAAAUUCAUCAAA